AUAACUUUAGAACUAAGACCUUAUGAGUCCUUCAUUUCUUCAGCCACGGGUCUCAACCCCAUACUCGACAAGACGGAGAUUGGAGAAGGAGACACCUAUACAGUGACCUGUGAUCUCAGUCGUGUGACCGAUACCCCGUACAAUACAUUUUAUGGACUGUCCCUGUUGAGCACGUUACAUUACAUGGAUGAAUCAGAACGCAAAGGUCCCUGGCUCAUGAUGCACUACGCUGGGGUAUGUAACCCUUGUGUAAGUAAUUUCAAAUAUUCAGUUGAUACAUUAGGAAUGCUGCAUCAUCGAAUUGAAAGAGUUUCAAAAUCUGAAAAAAUUAAUAUGGUUAACCUCUCUGAAUAACGUGACGCUAAUUAUUAUGAUUGUAAUUCAUUAGUGAUACAGACACAACGAUUUUUGUGAGUGCAAUCUCCAAUAGGUGGUUUCAAAGGCAGCGUGCUGGUGAGGGUGACUGUGCUUGAUGGCCAGUCUCACGAAGCUGUUGUUGUAGACAAGACUUUAGAAGAUUGUUUUUAGCUGUGGUUUCAUACACUAAUGUGCUAAUUAACUGUGUGAAUUCAAAAUCUGUUAUGGAAUAAUGGAUGUGUUAUUUAUUCGGCUUACUUAAUCUCAAAACACGUUAGAAAAAAAAUUGAAAAAUUGUCCAAUGAUAAUAAAAAUUAAAUGAAGACAAAUCAGUUUUUAAUCUAUUGAUGAAAUGAAGCAGUUUAACUUUAAUAGACUGUUUUUGUAGCUUCAUUGAAGUUGACGUUUGAAAAUGCUGUAUUAACAUUGUUCAGGGACUCAGACAACAUUUGCUUCACUUUUGGUAAGGCAUUGUAAGGAUUUUAAAACGGUUGUCUCAAUUUUGAGACACUUAAAAACUUGUCUUUAUUCAAAAAUUCUUGAUCAAAGCGUUUUAAUUAAUAAUAUUUGUUAAAAACUUUUAAGUCAAAGUUCCCAGAGGUCUUCUUAAAGUAUGGCAAAUGAAAGUCUUAAUUAAGUAUGUCAAAAGAUUGUCUUAUUCAAGUGUAGCAAAUGGAAGUCUUACAAUCGUAUGGUAAAUCAAAGUCUUGUAUAUGUAGACACAUCAAAUGCUGACAGGGUUGGGUGAGCGCAAGCUUGAUCGAAACAUCAUGUGUUCAACUCACGCAAAGCGUGAGAGUUGGAUGUAGGCGGGGGGGGGAGAGGGGGGGGAGCCUUGCCUUAUAUCAUCCUAUUGGUGUCACUGUCACAUUCCAGCGCGCUAUGUCGUCACAGUGGUGUCAUGUUCUAGAUCCAGCGCCCUAUGUCGUCACAGUGGUGUCAUGUUCUAGAUCCAGCGCGCUAUGUCGUCACAGUGGUGUCAUGUUCUAGAUCCAGCGCCCUAUGUCGUCACAGUGGUGUCACCUUUAUUAAGGCAUCCAGGAAUUAGAUAAUUUGCGCACCAACAGAUCAUUUUUAAUUAUUAUUUUUUUUUAAAUUUCAGACUGAAGAAAAUUUAACAAAACAUUGUCCUAACACAAAAACGACCAAUAUAUUGAUGAGAAGUGCAGACAUGUAAUAUUCACUAAAAGAGUUCAAUAAUGUAUUUCAGCAGUCACCAAGAUUUUUACAAAAUUAGUCAAAACAUUACCAUACAAUUUUUGGAUAGGGUCCAAAAAAACAAGGAAACUAAUGGAGUGAAAGGAUGGCACAUCGACAGCAUCAAUGCGAUCUACAAAAGAAAGAACAGUGAUGGCACAUCGACAGCCAUCACCAAUGCGAUCUACAAAAGAAAGAACAGUGAUGGCACAUCGACAGCAUCAAUGCGAUCUACAAAAGAAAGAACAGUGAUGGCACAUCGACAGCAUCAAUGCGAUCUACAAAAGAAAGAACAGUGAUGGCACAUCGACAGCAUCAAUGCGAUCUACAAAAGAAAGAACAGUGAUGGCACAUCGACAGCAUCAAUGCGAUCUACAAAAGAAAGAACAGUGAUGGCACAUCGACAGCAUCAAUGCGAUCUACAAAAGAAAGAACAGUGAUGGCACAUCGACAGCAUCAAUGCGAUCUACAAAAGAAAGAACAGUGAUGGCACAUCGACAGCAUCAGUGCGAUCUACAAAAGAAAGAACAGUGAUGGCACAUCGACAGCAUCAAUGCGAUCUACAAAAGAAAGAACAGUGAUGGGAUUAGCCCCAAAGAUGAAUAUUUAAAUCCCUAGGCACUCAAAAAAAAUUGAUAUCUGCAGAUGACCAACGCAUCCUGAACAAUAACAAGAGGAGAAAUUACACAGAACUAUGAUAAUAUCCUUAAUAGUGGCUGGGAAAUUUAGGGAAUAAAAAUGGCCGUACAGUAGUCAAAAUGUAAAUAAUUAUCAGUUGUCAGCAGCUUCGUUAAAAAAACUCAGAGUUUAAAUAAUUCGUAAUUAUUUAACCGUGAAUGGAUAAUGGUUACAAAGAAAGUGUACAGAAAGAUGGUCAAACGAGGGCAGAGGUCAAAUCCUGUCUGCUACCAAAUCCCCCCCCCCCCGGGCUACUAGGCAACACGUAAGUAAAGAUGAAGACCGAAACCAGAAAAAGUAAAACAUCAUUCAUACCUGCCCGUAAUUACCAGUCUCAAAACUGGGUUCGGUAUAAAACUCUUUAAAGACCAAAUAUUAACCUGAGAUGUUAAAGGCGAGCAACUGGUAAAACAGUUGGUAACUUCUAGUCAAGAAUUAUAUUGCCCAACAGUAAUAUAAUUUGGAUUUACAACUUGGAAGCAUGCCUGUCAAUCAACAUUCAUUGCAAGCAAACAAAAGCAACAUGCCUGUCAAUCAACAUUCAUUGCAAGCAAACAAAAGCACCAUGCCUGUCAAUCAACAUUCAUUGCAAGCAAACAAAAGCAACAUGCCUGUCAAUCAACAUUCAUUGCAAGCAAACAAAAGCAACAUGCCUGUCAAUCAUCCUCCAAUGCAAGCAAAAGAUAACAGAAUGCCUGUCAAUCAUCCUCCAAUGCAAGCAAAAGAUAACAGAAUGCCUGUUAACCAUCCUCCAUUUUAAGCUUACAAUAGAAGCAUGCCAGCCCACAAUGAUCCAUUGCAAGUUUACAAUAGCAAGCACACAAGACCUGGGACCAACAGAAGAGCACCGUGCUGACACCCUUAAAAUCAAUAACAUAAGACUUUGCACCAGUUCUCAGUGGUAAGGGUGAACCGAAGAACGAGAAGGAAGUUCAUAUGUCUUCACAUUAUGAGACACGUAAUAUCCCCCCCCCCUUUUUUUUUCUGAAAUAGAAUGAAAAUUAUGGUGAUAUUGAAUUAACACCUGGAAUUAAUUUUUAUAAUUUGUUUCCUCGAAACAUUAGAUAAUUUAAGACUUUACCUCUUUCAACCUAGUUAUUAAAUAAACUGUUAUUAUCUAUCUGUAUAUAGGAAGGUGGUGGUGGUGGAUAUCAAAAGAAGCCAUGGAAGGAUAUCUCCAAAACACCGGCAUCACCGACAUUUUCGGACGUACAGCUGAUCUUAAUAAAUACACGAGCCACUUGCAAUGACGCUGGUAACUUUUCUUGUAAUCUUAUGCCCGAAUGGAAGCAACCAAUCAUCACAGCAUCACAAAUUCUCAGGAGAAAAAGUAAGUUGACGUUAAAUAUCUUAUAAUAUAUAUUUCGCUUCUGGUAUGACAUGCAGACUGCUUCCUAAUUUACUGCUUCCAAUUCCGGCUCCGUCGCAAUCAGCGACUUUGGCAUUGUGAGUAUAUUACAAAUAAUUCUAAAUGUUUGAAAGAAAGUAUGGCUCAAUAAUGUGUUAAAUAGAACUUAAAAUAUAAUUACUGAUAACUGCGCUAAAUGAUAUAGUUUUUUUUAAUAUAACGCAACUGCGUUUGGGUAGUAAUAUUUUCUUUUCGGAAAAUGAAAUCGUCUCAGUUUAUUAAGUAUGGUGUAAAAAAUAUUCGAUUUAAAAGUGGUUGGGACAUGAGAAUAUUAAUAUAGUUCAUGGGCGUGAAAUAAAGAGUGUGCAGUGACGUAUCAUGGGGCGAAGGAAUGUAUCAAAAAUUUGGAUUUCUAAAUGUGCGUUACUUGAGUUCGUGUUUUGUCAAGUAAAUUGGGAAGUUUACGCAUUGCUUCCACCAAUGUAUGGCGGGCUACAUCUAGUAGCACAGGCGUGCACGACAUACGGCCUGCGGGUCGCAUGGGGCACGCCGGCACCCACUUUGUGGCCCGCGAAGUAACGAACUAUUCUUUAUUCUUAUUAUUUUCUCAAUAGCUCUCCUCCUGAUCCAUUUCCAUUGUGGCUCGCACAAGUUUUUCAUAAUGUCUUGAGGCCCCGCCUUUCAUUUUGAGUUGUUUAGGCAUUAUUUCUCAAACUGUACUUUGUAAAAGUCUUUUAAUAUUUCAGGCUUUUGGUUGUCAGAAAUGGACGUAAAGAAGUGACUGGGCAAAAUUUUCGUUCAGACGGCUACGUGGCAGCUCUUCUUCUCCUUAUAUUAGAGGGGCCGACGAUCAAUUUGUUGAUCAUUCUGGCUUAAAUUCAGAGUUUGCCUUCUCUUAGAUGGGUUGCCGUCCAAGGCUUACGAGUCCCAUCCACCCGGGAAGCUGGGAUGUUGCACCUCAGCUAUUUUGUGGUUGGCGCAAAGAACAUUUUACAAGCAUUACAUUUUUUUCAGAUGUUGUGCGGCGAUGAGAUAAAAGGGUGGGUGAAUUUUUGUGUGGAGGUGGAUGUAUUUCAACUAUUUCUUUUCACGGAAAUGUUUGGGGAAAAAGUACCUAAAUAAAAUUCCUAACACAUAAAUAAUACGAAAUAAACAACAACUUUUAGCGUUUUACAGUACAGAAAAAUACAAAAAUACGAACAUCCUUUGAAAUUAAAAAAAAACAAAAAAAAAAAAACUAGAACCCAUACACAGUGUGUUUUAGGUGUACACACAAGACAACAUAACAUACUAAUUCCUAACCAUACAGAGUGUGUUUUAUGUCCACACAAGACAACAUAAUAUAAACCAUACACAGUGUGUUUUAUAUGUCGACAGAAGACAACAUAAUAUACUAGUGCCUAACCAUACACAGUGUGUUUUAUAUGUCGACAGAAGACAACAUAAUAUACUAGUGCCUAACCAUACACAGUGUGUUUUAUAUGUCGACAGAAGACAACAUAAUAUACUAGUGCCUAACCAUACACAGUUUUUUUUUUUACACCAGGUCCGGGUACUUUAAGAAAAAACCUGAUGGGUGCACUUGUAGCAUGAAAAUAAUAUAUGCGCGCCUUUAAACAAUAGUCACAAAGACAUUCUACGCCAUAUUGACUAAUAUAAUAUUGCAAGCCCACGCUUAAGACCAGAAAAUGUAACCCUUUUACCUGAGUUCAGCCUUCAGGCAUGGCGCUCACUGAUUCACAGCUGUUGUUUUUAUUCAUUCAUUCUUAUUAAUAUAAAACAUGUUUGGCAAGGGGGAGCCGGUUGUGAAAAGGAAGCAGCCACAGAACAAGGAUAAUAUGUAUAUAAGAGAUAGUAAAUAGGAACCCAUCUAGCUAUAGUUAAAUUAAUAAUUUAUUGUAAACAGAAACACGUCUGAGCAUAGAUAACUUAAUAAUUCAUAGUAAACAGAAACACUUCUGGCCAUAGAUAAACUGAAUCAUUUUAUAAAGAUAUAAAAAAUGAUUUGUCUUCACUUAAAAAUUAUCGUUGGAAAAUUAUUGAAUUUGUUUGUAACGUGUCGUAAUCUCAUAUGUAAGCCGAAUAAAUAACACACACGUAUUCCAUAAUAGUUUUUGAAUUUAUACAGUUAAUAGCACAUCGUGUGUGAAAUCACAGCUAAAAUAAUCUUCCAAAGUCUUGUCUACAACAACAGCUUCGUGUGACACGCCACCAAGUACAACCACCAGCACCACCAGCACUCUGCCCACUGAAACUACCUCCUCAAGUGACAAUGGUACAGACGCAACCUCUUACACAGAGCCAACGACUCAAAGAUCAGGAUUUGGAGUGAGCGGCCCAGAAAAGGGUUUCAUCCUUACAGAAAUGCUUCUCUCUAUUGUGAUAAAAGUCUUGUGAAAAAAAACAGCCUUUCUUACGAAGUCUACGACCAUUGGACAUGUUUGGUCAGCCAUGUGGUCAAGGUUGAUCAGCCAUGUUGUCAAGUUUGGUCAGCCAUGUUGUCAAGUUUGGUCAGCCAUGUUGUCAAGUUUGGUCAGCCAUGUUGGUUUUUAAGAGAUUCUUUUUUUAUUUACUUUUUUUUUUUUAUAUUUGCUUACAGUUUUAACAUUUGAAAAAUGUUUAUUAGCAAAUAAUCAAAAAAUCUAUGCUUCAUAUUUGGCUAACAAGUUUAAAAUGUAAAAAAAAAAUAUUUGGAAAUAUUCAUAACAUCUAUAUCAAAUUGUUUCAAAACAAUUUUACCAUUUUAAAUAAGUUUAUUAGGGAAUACUCAGAAAAUCUGUUUAACAUUAUUUGAUUUUAAUUUUAGAAUUUUAAAAAUAUUUAUUAGCAAAUAAUCAGAAAAUCUAUACUACAAAUUUUAACAUUUUAAAUAUGUUAAUUAGGAACGAAUCAGAAAAUCUAUACAAAAUUGUUUGUUAACAAUUUUAAAAUAAAAUUAUGAUCUAAUAAUCAGAAAAUCUACACUACAUUGUUUGCUAACAAUGUAACAAUUAAAAUAUAAAAAAAUGUUUAUUAUUAAAGAAUCAGAAAAUAUAUACCACAUUAUUUGCUUAAUGUAUUAAAAUUUAAAAAAAAAAAAUAGUUAGCAAAUAACCAGAAAAUUCAUACUAAAUUGUUUGCUAGGCAAGCUCUUUUAUCUUUUGGAAAUAAUUAAUUUUUCAAUUAAAUCAUACUGUAUAGUUUUCUAAAAAAAAAAUACAUAACCGAUUUAGCCCCCUUGGCAAUCCACUAAGCAGACGAGAUUUUGUGUUUCUUUCAAAGAAACUUUUAAUAUAACAACCGCCAUUUUCAAUUCGAGUAAAACAUUUAUUAAAUGAUAAAUACAAAGAACCUCCCCCCCCCCCCCAAAAAAAAAAAGUGCCAUUCGUUUAUUUACUUCAAAUUAAAUUUUAACAAUUCACAUAUCAAGUCAUUUUAAAUAGCAACAGUUAUAUACAUAAACAUGUUUUUUUUUUCUGAUCUUAAGUUUCCAAACAUGUGACCAUAUGAUUAUAAUUUACUAUGAGGAAGGGAGAAAUACAAUAAUAACUCAGAUUGAAAGCGGUUUAUUCCUUUCUUAAGUGUAGACGGAACUGAUCUAGGAAUGUUAAUUUUUGCAAUACAUGAAUAUUAUUAAAGCUCUUGCCCAAAAAUAACAUUUGUUUUAAAAGUAAUGCAUAUUUAUAUUUGUUGAAUUUUUCUUUUCCUUUUUACAAUUGUUAAACUUCGCCAUUAGAGUUCACUAUAAGAGUUUUUUUUUUGUUUGUUUGUUAUUAGGCACCUAAAUUUUUUUUUUUUAAAGUAGAUUUGGAAUUUUUUUUUUUUUAUAUUUCGUUACCUCUGACGGAAGUUUUUGCUUUGUAUCAUUAGAAUGUGAAAACUAUAACAUGAAAAAAGAAUUUUGUUUGCCUUUUAAUGUAGUCAGAAUAUAUAUAUAUAUAUAAAGGCGAGUACUCUGCAUGCCACUCAAAGAAAAAAGUGUUUGUGUUUAAAUUAGGUUUUUGAAGCAAUGUUUAUAUCAACAAUUUUUUUUUUCGGUAUGGUGAUUACAUGAAAAAAUAAGGAGUUUUUGGACACGUGAGCAGGCCACAUACAGCUGUCCAUGUGAGCAGGCCACAUACAGCUGUCCAUGUGAGCAGGCCACAUACAGCUGUCCAUGUGAGCAGGCCACAUACAGCUGUCCAUGUGAGCAGGCCACAUACAGCUGUCCAUGUGAGAAGGCCACAUACAGCUGUCCAUGUGAGCAGGCCACAUACAGCUGUCCAUGUGAGCAGGCCACAUACAGCUGUCCAUGUGAGCAGGCCACAUACAGCUGUCCAUGUGAGAGGCAUGGGUUUUCAAAUUUUAGUCUACACACUUGACACUUGCAGCGAUUCAUCCACCGAUGCAAUAACUAAGUUCGAAAUUAUAUUUAUAUAGCCCAUGACAUUUAAAAAAGAAAACUAAUUUAGGGAAUAUUGUAAAUUGGUUGUACUAAUUCGGAAACCAUUUUGUUGUGUCACAUAUAAAAUGAAAUUUCGCUAUUUGUAUGUAAUUCAAUUCCAUCCACCUAUGCAUUAACUGUGUUUGAA